AUGCCCAACACCGAAGAAUUGAACAAGGUAGCCUUCGACGCCGAGAGGGAUCUAAACUCCUACCAGGCCAAGCAAGGCCUUGGCAAGAAGAGUGACUCAACUGUCGAAUCUGGUGUUGACGAGAUGGUCGAUCAGCGAUUCUCUCAGCCUACAGGUGUGAAGUACGGCCCUGGCUCAACUGCCUCUGGCAGCGACCACCGAGUAAUUCCCGAGGAUGAGGGCGGCACUCGUGAUGACCGCAACAGGCUCGCCAGGGCAGGUCAGUACGAGGGUAUUGGUGGCCCGGAAGAUAAGGUCUAA